UUUUGCUUGAACAAUAUUUCGUAUUCUUUCCAUUUACAACGAUUUUCUUGUAAAUUCGUUCUAUCACCUCGGAUUACAGUUUAGCAAACGAACCCUUCCACCAACACCUAUCUACCGACCUUGGCACGGCGUUUGUUAUCAUCUCGUCAAGAACAAACGCAAAGUUGAUAAACUGUCUUCUUACGACCUUGACUGAAGGUGAUUUCAAAUAGAAAGGAGUUUUUCGGAUCUCAGAAGCGGCCGUGCUUUCCUGCUUAUCUCCUGAACACAACUGGACGGAACGGGUCUUGAGUACUGCCACUUCAUACAGUCGGUUUAUUAGCUCGGAACCUCGCGGGUCGACUUUACAGCGUGAAGCAUUCGAAACAGAUUUACAGUGCAGCGGCAGUCUUCAGAUCAAUCGGCAUCAACAUGAGCGUUAAGAUCGAAACUGUGGCAACCACCCCGUUCGAGGGUCAAAAGCCUGGCACCAGUGGUCUACGGAAGAAGGUAAAAGUGUUCACCCAGAAGAACUACACCGAAAACUUUGUCCAAUGCAUCCUGGACGCAAACGGUCCAGCCCUGGCCGGUUCCACGCUCGUGCUCGGCGGUGACGGUCGUUACUUCUGCAAGGAAGCCUCCGAGCUGAUCGUACGUCUCUGUGCCGCCAACGGUGUGCGCAAGAUUCUGCUCGGCCAAAACGGUAUCCUUUCCACGCCCGCCGUAUCGAGCUUGAUCCGCCGGCACAAGGCACUGGGUGGCAUUGUGCUGACCGCUUCACACAACCCGGGCGGUCCGGAGAAUGAUUUCGGCAUCAAGUUUAACUGCGAAAACGGUGGACCGGCGCCGGACGCUUUCACGAACAAAAUCUAUGCCCUGUCGGGUGAAAUUAAGCAGUACAAAAUAGCGCCCGUCACGGUCGAUGUCGGUAAGGUGGGCGUGACGAAUGCUGAGGUGGACGGAAAACCGUUCACGGUCGAGGUGAUUGACUCCGUGUCGGACUACGUGCUGCUGAUGAAGGAAAUCUUUGACUUUGAGCAGUUGAGCGGCUUUGUGAGUGGCAAAUCACGGCCCGGUGGUGCACCGCUCAAGAUGCGUAUCGAUUCGAUGAACGGUGUAACGGGCAGCUACGUGAACGAGAUCUUCGUUAACUGUCUGGGUGCGUCGAAGGAUGGUGUCGUCCACACGACCCCGCUGCCCGACUUUGGUGGACUGCAUCCAGAUCCUAAUUUGACGUACGCGAAGGAUCUGGUCGAUACGGUACGGGCGGGCGAUUACGACAUUGGUGCGGCGUUCGAUGGUGACGGUGAUCGUAACAUGAUCAUCGGUCGCAAAGCGUUCUUCGUAACACCGAGCGAUUCGUUGGCCGUGAUCGCGCACUACCUGGAGUGCAUUCCGUACUUCAAGCGUAAUGGUGUGCAGGGCCUGGCCCGCAGCAUGCCGACCGCUUCCGCCGUUGACCGUGUGGCGGAAGCACUGGGCAAGGAGAUGUUUGAGGUGCCGACCGGCUGGAAGUACUUUGGCAAUCUGAUGGAUGCUGGCCGUUUGUGUCUGUGCGGUGAGGAAAGCUUCGGCACCGGAUCCAAUCAUAUCCGCGAGAAGGAUGGUGUGUGGGCCGUGCUCGCCUGGCUGUCGAUUAUGUCCCACACGGGCAAGAGUAUUGAGGAUAUUUGUGUGGAGCACUGGAAGCGUUAUGGGCGCAACUAUUUCACACGCUACGAUUACGAAGAGUGUUAUUUGGCACCGUGCAACGAGAUGAUGGAAACGCUCGAGAAAACCAUCACCGAUCCGGCCUUUGUCGGUAAGGAGUUGAGCGCCGGUGGCAAGACGUACAAGGUGAAGCUGGGCGAUAACUUUAGCUACAACGAUCCGAUCGAUAAGUCGGUGUCGACCAAGCAAGGACUACGGAUUGUGUUCACCGACGGUAGCCGUAUCGUGAUGCGGCUCAGCGGCACGGGCAGUUCCGGUGCUACGGUGCGGCUGUACAUUGACUCGUACGAGAAGGAGAACGUGCUGGGAAGCGCGUCGGAAAUGCUGAAACCCUUGAUUGAUAUUGCACUGGAGGUUUCCAAACUGCCCAGCUUCACCGGUCGCAAUGCACCGACCGUUAUUACGUAAAUAUUAGUCUUUGAACGGUGCAAUAAUACAGCUCAAAAGAUCGUCAGUCACUAUAGUGGUGUGUGCAUUUUUCAGUUGAAAUUCCCUCCCAGCAUGCGGAAUGGGGAUUGUCUCGUUACAACAGCUAUUGUGUUUUUCUUUUUGUUAUGGAAUAGAUUUUUAGGAACGUCAUGUGCAAAUAAAGUUGAUUUUGUUUUACAGUAA